AUGGGAAAUUUACACAAGUAUGCUGCAGUUCUUGCUUUUAUAUUUGUAUUGGUGAUAGGAACAUUUGAAUGCCGAACACUAAAAAAAGAAGAAUUUGUUGAUACCUUUGGUGGAGGUGGCCUAGGUGGUGGUGGAGGCGGAGGUUUUGGGGGUGGUAGUGGUGGAGGUGUUGGAGGAGGAUUUGGACACGGUGGAGGGGUUGGAGGCGGUGCUGGAGGUGGUAGUGGUGGAGGAGGAGGAAUUGGAGGGGGUCAUGGUGGUGGAUUAGGUGGAGGUGGUGGUGCAGGUGGUGGUUUCGGGGGUGGUAGUGGUGGUGGUGCGGGAGGAGGAAUUGGUGGUGGAGAUGGUGGUGGUUUAGGUGGAGGUGGUGGUGCAGGUGGAGGUUUCGGAGGUGGUAGUGGUGGUGGUGCGGGAGGAGGAAUCGGUGGUGGACAUGGUGGUGGUGCAGGUGGAGGCGUUGGAGGUGGUAGUGGUGGUGGUGCAGGAGGAGGAAUCGGUGGUGGACAUGGUGGUGGUGCAGGUGGAGGCUUCGGAGGUGGUAGUGGUGGUGGGGCAGGAGGAGGAAUUGGUGGUGGACAUGGUGAUGGUGCAGGUGGAGGAUUCGGAGGUGGUGGUGGUGGUGGUGCUGGAGGAGGAAUCGGAGGGGGUCAUGGUGGUGGAUUAGGUGGAGGUGGUGGUGCAAGUGGAGGCUUCGGAGGUGGUAGUGGUGGUGGUGCGGGAGGAGGAAUUGGUGGUGGACAUGGUGGUGGUUUAGGUGGAGGUGGUGGUGCAGGUGGAGGUUUCGGAGGUGGAUUGGGUGGAGGUGGUGGUGCAGGUGGAGGCGUUGGAGGUGGUAGUGGUGGUGGUGCAGGAGGAGGAAUCAGUGGUGGAUUAGGUGGAGGCUUCGGAGGUGGUGGUGGUGGUGGUGCAGGAGGAGGAAUUGGUGGUGGACAUGGUGGUGGUGGAGACUUCGGAGGUGGUAGUGGUGGUGGUGUAGGAGGUGGAAUCGGCGGUGGACAUGGUGGUGGAUUAGGUGGUGGUGCUGGAGGAGGAAUCGGUGGUGGUGCUGGAGGAGGAAUCGGUGGUGGUAGUGGUGGUGGUGCAGGAGGAGGAAUCAGUGGUGGACAUGGUGGUGGAUUAGGUGGUGGUGCAGGCGGAGGAGGAGGCUUCGGAGGUGGUAGUGGUGGUGGCGGUGGUAUAGGUGGAGGAGGAGGUUCUGGAGGAGGCAUUGGAGGUGGUUCUGGAGCAGGUGGAGGUGUUGGAGGAGGAUUUGGAGGUGGAUCAGGUGGAGGUGCAGGCGGAGGCCUUGGAGGUGGUCAUGGUGGGGGUGCAGGAGGUGGUUUUGGAGGUGGUCAUGGUGGAGGAGAUGGUGGUGACCAUGUUUAA